GCCGCCUCCGCCGCCGCCGCCGCCGCCAGGAGCCCGGGCCGGGAGCGAGCGCCAGCCCCGUAGCCGGACGGCUCUGCGCGACCAGGUGAACGGACAUGGCGGGCUGGAUCCAGGCCCAACAGCUGCAGGGAGAUGCACUUCGCCAGAUGCAGGUGCUGUAUGGGCAGCACUUCCCCAUCGAGGUCCGGCAUUACUUAGCGCAGUGGAUCGAGAGCCAGCCGUGGGAUGCCAUCGACCUGGACAGUCCCCAGGACCGACCCCAGGCCACCCAGCUCCUGGAGGGGCUGGUGCAGGAGCUGCAGAAGAAGGCAGAGCACCAAGUGGGGGAAGAUGGGUUCUUACUGAAGAUCAAGCUGGGGCACUACGCCACGCAGCUCCAGAACACGUAUGACCGUUGCCCCAUGGAACUGGUGCGCUGCAUCCGCCAUAUUCUGUACAAUGAACAAAGGCUGGUCCGAGAAGCCAACAAUGGUAGUUCUUCUUCUGGGAUCCUGGUUGAUGCCAUGUCCCAGAAACACCUUCAGAUCAACCAGACACUUGAGGAGCUGCGACUGGUCACACAGGACACAGAGAAUGAGCUGAAGAAGCUGCAGCAGACUCAAGAGUACUUCAUCAUCCAGUAUCAAGAGAGCCUGAGGAUCCAGGCUCAGUUUUCCCAGCUGGCGCAGCUGAACCCCCAGGAGCGUCUGAGCCGGGAGACGGCCCUCCAGCAGAAGCAGGUGUCCCUGGAGGCCUGGCUGCAGCGCGAGGCCCAGACACUGCAGCAGUACCGCGUGGAUCUGGCCGAGAAGCACCAGAAGACCCUGCAGCUGCUGCGGAAGCAGCAGACCAUCAUUCUGGAUGACGAGCUGAUCCAGUGGAAGCGGCGGCAGCAGCUGGCGGGGAACGGAGGGCCCCCCGAGGGCAGCCUGGACGUGCUACAGUCCUGGUGUGAGAAGUUGGCGGAGAUCAUCUGGCAGAACCGACAGCAGAUCCGCAGAGCUGAGCACCUCUGCCAGCAGCUGCCCAUCCCCGGCCCCGUGGAGGAGAUGCUGGCUGAGGUCAACGCCACCAUCACAGACAUCAUCUCAGCCCUGGUGACCAGCACGUUCAUCAUCGAGAAGCAGCCCCCUCAGGUCCUGAAGACCCAGACCAAGUUUGCAGCCACCGUGCGCCUGCUGGUGGGUGGGAAGCUGAACGUGCACAUGAACCCCCCCCAGGUGAAGGCCACCAUCAUCAGUGAGCAGCAGGCCAAGUCGCUGCUCAAGAACGAGAACACCCGCAAUGAGUGCAGCGGGGAGAUCUUGAACAACUGUUGUGUGAUGGAGUAUCACCAGGCCACAGGCACCCUCAGCGCCCACUUCCGGAACAUGUCGCUAAAGAGGAUCAAGCGCGCUGACCGGCGAGGCGCAGAGUCCGUGACGGAGGAGAAGUUCACGGUCCUGUUUGAGUCUCAGUUCAGCGUUGGCAGCAAUGAGCUUGUGUUCCAGGUGAAGACCCUCUCCCUUCCUGUGGUUGUCAUCGUUCACGGCAGCCAGGACCACAAUGCUACGGCCACGGUGCUAUGGGACAAUGCCUUUGCUGAGCCGGGCAGGGUGCCGUUUGCAGUGCCUGACAAAGUCCUGUGGCCGCAGCUGUGCGAGGCGCUCAACAUGAAAUUCAAGGCCGAAGUGCAGAGCAACCGGGGCCUGACCAAGGAGAACCUCGUGUUCCUGGCGCAGAAGCUGUUCAACAGCAGUAGCAGCCACCUUGAGGACUACAACGGCAUGUCCGUGUCCUGGUCCCAGUUCAACAGGGAGAACUUGCCAGGCUGGAACUACACCUUCUGGCAGUGGUUCGAUGGGGUCAUGGAGGUGCUGAAGAAACAUCACAAGCCCCAUUGGAAUGACGGGGCCAUCCUAGGCUUUGUGAAUAAGCAACAGGCCCAUGACCUGCUCAUCAACAAGCCCGACGGCACCUUCUUGUUGCGCUUUAGCGACUCAGAAAUAGGGGGCAUCACCAUUGCCUGGAAGUUUGACUCUCCUGACCGUAACCUGUGGAAUCUGAAGCCGUUCACCACGCGGGAUUUCUCUAUCCGGUCCCUGGCCGACCGGCUGGGGGACCUGAGCUAUCUCAUCUACGUGUUUCCCGACCGGCCCAAGGAUGAGGUCUUCUCCAAGUACUAUACUCCUGUGCUCGCUAAAGCAGUGGACGGAUACGUGAAGCCACAGAUCAAGCAAGUGGUCCCUGAGUUUGUGAGCGCCUCUGCGGACUCUGCCGGGGGCAGCGCCACCUACAUGGACCAGGCCCCCUCCCCGGCCGUGUGCCCCCAGGCUCAUUAUAACAUGUACCCACAGAACCCUGACCCCGUCCUCGAGCAGGACGGAGAAUUCGACCUGGAUGAGACCAUGGAUGUGGCCCGGCACGUGGAGGAACUCUUACGCCGCCCUAUGGACAGUCUGGACCCCCGCCUCUCCCCGCCUACUGGUCUCUUCACCUCUGCCAGAGGCUCGCUCUCGUGAAUGUUUGUUUGAACCCUGCACUUCUCUUUGGAAACGUGCAGGGUUCAUAUUCAUUGUGAUUUUGUUUCUGUAUCGCUGUGCAUAUUGAUGCCUUUGCAGGCAGCACAUGUCCACAUGCAUAUGCGCACGUUUGUGUACGAGGUGUGCCCACCUCGCCUUUGCAGUCCUAGGUAUGUGGCUGCCUUUUUCUUCAGAUGGAGGCAUUCCAAGAGCCCACUGGGUCUGUCGGUUGCGGAAGAGACUGAGCUGCUUCUGUAGUUGCAGGUAUGCCAGGCAGGCAAACCUAUUCCUGCCAGAGCCUUUGUCUGCUCAGUAGCUAUUUGAAUGGAAUUAUUCAAGAAGGGAAAGGAGACAGGUAAUGUCUCUAAGCUCAAGUUUUACUCCUGAGUUAGAUGCUUCGCCUCCCAAGUGUGUGUGUGUGCAUAUAUAUACGUGCAUCUGCUCUCGUACAGAGCAACAUACAUGUUGGUCUCUUGGUUCUUCCCCUCAGGAGGGAGGUUGCAAGAAUAAAGAGACCAGUUUUGAGUGAUAUUUUAUACUUUAUCUAAUGACUAUGGACUCCAGGCUUUUUGUGAACUGAGAGCUUAUCUAGGCCAUCCGCAGUCUUGUCCCUAACAUGGCAGAAAUGGGUCUUUUGCAUCGGGCCUGUCAGAGCUGCUCUGAGGAUGGAGUUUCUUGGCCUCUUGGUCCCCAGCCAGGGGGCUCCAGCUUCAAGUGUAUAAUGCUGCUGCCCACAUUCCUGCUCUUUCCACCCCAUAUCCCCUUCCCUCCAUCUGGCCCCAGCCUUCUUUCCUCGCCUCUCUGUCUGCAACCUUGCUUACUUAUGGAAGAGGUGGGGGGUGGGGGGGAGGGACCGGUCUAGGAUGUGGUGAACAGGAGGCCCAGGACUUGCAGUGUUGAUCCCCUAACCCCUCCUGGAAAAAACCUGCAGCAAGAGGCGGCGUCAGGGGCUUGCAGCUCGCCUGUGGAGUUUGGAGGGAGGGGUAAAAGCUGAUCGAGGCCCACUCUGCCGGGAGGUAGAACCUGGAAUAGGCCUCAUCACAGUUGCAUAACUGGCUGUGGUCUGCAAAGACCUCGCUCCCAGCCUCACACGCUUCUCCCUCUGAAGCUGCCACACGCAGCCAGGGGCAGCUGACAGUGGAAGGGGUCCCAGAAGGAGUCCCAGGUUGAAACAUCUCUCAAGGAAGGUGGGGACGGGAAGCAGGAUUCUUUUGUUCUUUGUACAAAGGCUACACGUUUGUGUAAACAGUGUUUUUGAAUAAAACAUUUUUUUUCAUAAAUUUGCUGGAACAGCUCCUGGGUCAUGGGGACCGCUGGAGUCGUUUCGUUCCUCUCCUCCCGCGUAGCUGGUGCUGUAAGGUGUAGCUUGAAGUUGCCAGUCUGCUCCCAUU